AUGGAUUACAUUCACCUCGCGAGGACCGAUCUCUACGGCGCGUUGGAGGUGCAGCGCGACGCGAACGCGACGAUCAUCACGAAAUCGUACAGACGGCUCGCGUUGAUGUAUCAUCCCGAUAAGUUCCCCCCGGGAAGCGAUGAACGGGCGAAGCGCGCGGCGGCGCAGAGGUUUCGAGUCAUGGCGGAGGCGAAGAAGACGCUGCUGGACCCGGAGCGACGGGCGGAGUACGACGCGUUGAUCGAUUCCCUCCCGGGAUUCGCGCGACCAAAGUUUGGAAAGAAAAGUUUCGCCGAUCGUGAGAUUGCGAAAUUCCCGGCGUGGGCGGUGGUGAUGCUCUUCGCGUGGUUUUGCGUGGCGUUCGUGAGCGUGGCGCAGUACACGUCGAGGGCGGCGGAUAAGGAGAGUUUGAUGAAUAGCGCGUUUUUCGCGCAAAAGUUGCGGUCGAGGAAUAAAAACGCGCCGAACGGGGAAAAGGUGAGCGCGGCGGCGUACUUCGAGGAGUUUUUGAUCGAACACGGUUUGGUCGAUCUCACGGGGUGGGAGCACACACUCGGUGGACGGUUGUGGGCUCGAGCGAGAGGGCGGUCGGCGGCGGCGCUCUCGGGAGCGCCGCGCGAGGACGCCGCAGGAAGCGAGGCGGUGUACUCGAGCGCUUCGGAGGAGACGUCGUCGGCGACGGGGACGCCAAACACCGUUUUGAAGAGACGCGGGAAGAAGAAGGGCAAGUCGAAACCCGUCAUGUCGACGCAGGCGCGACAGGCGGAGGCGUUGCGGCGCUUGAGAGGCGAGUUGGAAGCGAGACGCGCGUACUUUGGCGAGACGUACGACGAAGAUUAG